AUGGUGUUAACCAAAUGCAAGUAUGCAUUGGAUCUUCUUCGCCGUGCAAACAUGGUGAAUUGCAAGGUAGCUCCAACACCUAUGUCCGUCACUGACAAGCUAGCACGGGAUAAUGGACAAGUGCUCAGUCCUAAAGCUGCUUUCAAAUACCACAAUAUCGUGGGAGGCCUACAGUAUCUCACCUUUACAUGCCCUGAUAUAUCCUUUGCGCUCAACAAGGUGUGCCAAUAUCUAUCGAAUCCCAUAGACGUGCACUGGGAAGCUGUCAAGCGCAUCUUGAGAUUUGUUAAAGGAACUGUGACAACCGGCUUACGAAUACAACGAUCAUCAUGUACUUUGCUUAGUGUCUUCACAGAUGCCAAUUUGGCAGGAUGUAGUGAUGAUCGAUGCUCAAUGGGAGGUUUUGCUAUUUUCCUUGGACCAAAUCUCAUAUCAUGGAGCUCGCAAAAGCAACCUACUGUAUCCCGUUCUAGUACUGAAGCAGAAUACAAGGCUUUAGCUAAUGGGGCUGCAGAAGUUCAGUCGGUUUUGAAGGAAUUAGGGGUUCCAUAG